ACGACGAAGUCCACCUGAUUACACACACUCCACCUUCACCUAACCUUCUUCUGAUGAUUACAAAAACAAACUCACAUGUUUACAUGGUAAAUAACCAAGCGACCAUGGAAGAUGAAAUAGAUGUGGAUUCCAAUAAUGACAUGGCUGAAAGAGUCAUUAAUCAUCUCAACUCAAUUAUUAAAAACCCAAUUACAAUUGAUGAUUUCAGUAUCAUCACUUCAACAACGAAUUCGCUAGACCGUAACGUCUCACCAGUCCAUUAUGUCGAGUCUGAACAUUGCCUUGGCUUGGAAUCAUGGUGUGUAAAGCAGGUAUUCAGAUAUUCUCAAGUUCAAAUCCUAAAGUUACGUAAAAUGAUUAUAAAAAGGCCUACUACUGAAGAUGUUGAAAAUCUCAACAAGUAUAUUAAUGUAGCUCUACUAAUUCAAGCAGAGGUAAAUACUUUUUGGAAUAUAAAGAGAGAAUUAUUUACAUAUUUGUCUUAUGAACAAGAAAUGCACUUUACCAAGUUAGUUUUGAGCUAUAAACCAAAAUCCCUACAAGCCUACACAUACAGAGUAUGGCUAAUUAAUAAACAGCAACAAUGUAAUUAUUCUGAAGUUCUUGCCAAUGAGUUUUUAAUAAUAAAAAAGGCUGUUGCUGCCUCAGCAAACAAUUACCAUGGUUGGAAUCAUAGAAUCUGGUGUAUGGAGAAAUUAUUCCCACUCAUUCAUGAUUCUAAUAUCAUCAUAGAUGAACUGAUUUAUUCACAAGAGUUUAUAUCUCAGCAUGUUUCCGAGCAUUCCGGUUUUCAUUACCGGCAAUACGCUGUGCGUCAAUUUAAGCAUAAAAUGUUUGCUUCAGAAAAAUUGACUCAGAUAUUACAUAAUUUUAGAUUUGUUGAUUAUUAUCAUACUAUAAUGCCUUUAGACAAUGAAGGGCACAAUAAUAUUGAUGUGAAAUCUUUUGUGAUGACUAACCAUUACUUGAAUUUGUUACUGUAUGAACUGUUUGAGGUGUGUAAGCAGUUGCAUGUGUAUUAUCCAGGGCAUGAAGCAAUUUGGUAUCACAGAAGGUUUAUUUUUUAUGAAAUAAUUUCAUUGUUGAAUAAUAUUUAUGGCAUUAACAGGCAUACAAUGCAAUCUGUAUCACUUGUUUGUAACUUGGGCAGGGAAAAUGAAAAUAUGAAUAUGGAAAGUGAUGGUAGACUACUUGUGAUGCACGAGUCGAAACUGUACAAGAAUUUGGUGCGUUACGAACAAAAUUUCAUUAGUUUUCUUUGUACAAAUAAUAAAAAUAAUGAGAGUGAUACUAGAAAUAUUGAAAAACAUCAGAGAUGGUUGAUGCAUUGUCUACGUAUUGAUUUAAAUGCUAAUAUUUCUCUGAAUAAUGGAGAAGUGUUGUUUCAACUGUAAUUAUUUGAUUUUACAAGUUGGAUUAAUAAAGGAUUUAUUAUUUAA